AUGGCACCCGACGGCCACGUACCGGAGCUUCAGUCUCUGCACAAUGUUCUGGACCAAACUCUGACCUGGAUGGAGGUUGAGUCGUCGGAGAUCCCUGUCCAGUGCUCCACAACGGCGUUGCUGGACUCGUCAUUCACCCGUUUAGUAGCCUUGCUGGACGACCCACUCCAACUUGCUGUGGGCCCACGCGAACGAAGCUGGACGGAUUCAGGUGGUGAUGGCGUGGACGCAGCCCUCUGGGUUGAGAUCCAUGUGGCCGACGUUGAGAGGCCGCAAGACCUGAACCUUGGAUGGCCAGGUCCUGCCGCGCGGGUGGUGGGUGGGUGCGGUAUGGUCGGCAGCCCGCGGCAGGCCAUGCCGCAAGCAGGUUUAGGCCGGAAGCAAGUCGUCACUGCGGCGCCCCAGGCUCACAGAUUCUUUCUUCUCGAGUGGGUGUGCCGCGGCUGGCUGCCAUUGGUGUGCCUGUUCUUCCAAAGGCGCGUGGCAUCGUCAGAUGUUUGGGUGGUGUGGGUGGACGAGUUCGCUGGCUGGUAAUUAUUGCCAAGUCUGUUUGUUCGUGCUGUCGCCGUUGCGCACGCCCGCCC